AUGGAGAGCAUCAUAGCUGCGAGGCAGAACCCUGGUGGUCCCUCCUCUGCGGACAAGUUUUUGGAAUUGCUUCAAGAUCCUUUCCAGUCAGCGUUCCAAGAACGGGCUUUCUGGGCUUCCCUAGGGACAUCGUUGGGUGUCACGCUUGGCCUUGCGCUGCUGUUCUCGUUGUUCAGGCCUCGCAAUUCGGUGGUGUAUGCACCAAAGCUGAAACAUGCGGACAGGAAACAUGCGCCUCCACCGCUGGGCAAGGGAAUGUUUGCCUGGAUAACGCCUAUCAUCAAAACCAGGGAAGAUGAGAUUCUGGAUAAGGUGGGGAUGGACGCCACGGUGUUUCUGCGCUUCACCCGGAUGUGCCGAAAUAUCUUCUUAAUUUUGAGCCUGAUCGGAUGCGCGAUCAUGAUUCCUAUCAACGUGACGGGGAGUGACAAUUUCACAAAGGGAUUGUCGGCUUUUACGACCAUGACUCCGAUGUACGUGUCGAAUCCGAAAGUGCUGUGGGGCCAUGUCGCAUGUGCCUGGGGGAUCGAUGCCAUUGUUGCGUAUUUUCUGUGGCACAAUUAUCGGGCAAUGGGGAGGCUGCGAAAGCGAUAUUUCCUAAGCACCGAGUUUCAACAGAGUUUGCAUGCGAGAACGGUCAUGGUGACGCAUAUUCCGAAGGAGUAUAGGACGGAUGAGGGAUUGCUACGGCUGACGGAUGAAGUCAACCCGACGGCUUCCAUUCCCCGAGCCUCAAUCGGUCGAAACGUCAAGGAGCUCCCAGCGUUGAUCGACGAGCAUGAAAGAGUGGUUAGGGAGCUGGAAGAGAUUCUGGCAAAGUACUUCAAGAACCCGGAUCGACUUCCAGCAAAGCGCCCUACCUGCAGGCCAAUCAAGGAUUUCAGGGGAGAGAACACUCCCGAGAAAGUUGAUGCAAUUGACUACUAUACGGUCCGGAUUCGAACCUUAGAAGCUGAAAUUCGGUACGUACGAGAGUCGAUCGAUAAGCGGAAUGCAAUGUCAUACGGCUUUGCUAGCUGGGAGUCCAUUGAACACGCCCACAUGGCCGCCUAUGCAGCUCGCAAAAAGCACCCCCACGGCACGAAUAUCACACUGGCUACACGACCCAACGACAUCAUCUGGGCAAACCUGGCUCUCAGCAAGGCUGAACUCAGGAGAAAGCGGUUUAUGAACAUAGUCUGGUCCACCAUCUUAACGGUUAUCUGGAUCGCACCAAACGCCAUGAUUGCGAUCUUUUUAGCUGAUCUGGCGCACUUGGGGUUGGUCUGGGACGCCUUUCAAAGAUCUCUAGCUAGGAACCCCAAAGUCUGGUCUGCUGUUCAGGGUAUUGCCUCGCCGGCCAUCACAUCGUUGGUUUACCUCGUUCUCCCGAUAAUAUUCCGCCGCCUUGCGAUCCGGUCCGGUAAAGCGACAAAAAGCGCCCGAGAGCGGCACGUCCUCCACAGUCUCUACGCGUUCUUCGUGUUUAACAACCUUAUCGUCUUCUCUGUAUUCUCUGCGAUUUGGUCCUUUGUGGCUACUGUGAUCCGAGAGGCCGAUAGGAAAAAGGACGCCUGGGAAGCCAUUUCCGCUGGGGCCUUUUACGUCAACGUUAUGACGGCAUUAUGCAAGGUGUCGCCUUUCUGGGUGACUUGGCUCCUCCAGAGGAAUCUGGGUGCGGCGGUUGAUCUGAUGCAGCUCAUCAACAUGAUCUGGACAUUUAUCGCCAGGCGAUGGUUUAGUCCCACGCCCCGACGAGCAAUCGAGUGGACUGCUCCACCCCCAUUCGAUUAUGCCAGCUAUUUCAAUUACUUUUUGUUCUACUCGACCAUCGCAUUUUGCUUCGCGUCCCUACAGCCUAUUGUCCUUCCGGUAACUGCGCUUUACUUUGGAGUGGAUUCGUGGCUGAAAAAGUAUCUGCUGCUAUACGUCUUUAUCACAAAAACGGAGUCAGGCGGUCGCUUCUGGCGUGCCGUUUUCAAUCGCAUGAUAUUCGCUCUCAUACUCGCCAACUUUAUCCUCGGCCUGGUCAUUAAAGCGAAAGGCUCGUGGACUAUGGUUUUUGCCCUAGUUCCGCUUCCAAUCUUGCUGGUGGGAUUCAAGUUGUACUGUAAGAGCUCGUUUGACGAUGAGCUAUUAUACUACCACCGGGCGAUCGUUUCAGAUCCCGAAUCCUCGGCCGACGGGAAGACGGGAAAGAAAGCAGCGGAGCGUUUAAGCUCGAGAUUCGGCCACCCUGCAUUGUACAAACCUCUCACCACGCCCAUGGUCCAUGCAAAGGCCGCCGAUGCGCUCGAGAAGCUCUUCCAGGGCCGCCAAGGGAUGAACUCCGGUGCUGGCGAUUACUCCGACAUCGCCAUGCACAGGAUGUCGGCCACGGAGCCUGGAAAGGCCUCACAGCCGCAAGAUGCGCCGUUCGAAGUGGUGGCAGACCAUCAACUAGAUUUCUCUUAUUUCAAGGACCGGCCCGACUUCCGCGAGGAAUUCGGCGGUGGUAUCUACGGACGGCCAGAUGAUUUGAUCACGGAGCGAUCUCACACGCCAAAGAGUUUCCUGGCCGGGCAUGGGUCGCCGUCAUCCUCUAGACCCGCCUCGCCAGCGCCUUCGCAACGCUCCAUGACCUUCAACGGGCCUCAUGGGCGGUUUCCGAACAUAUCCGACCACCCAGCGUUCCAGUCGACAGAUUCCAACGCGUCCGGAUUCUACAAGCAGUCCAACGAGAGUGAGAGGAAUCUACUCUACAACCCUCAGGGACUGCCAGUGCGCUCGUCGACAGACGUGGCUUCUCUUGACAGUCGAUGGCAGGCAGAAGGGUCGAUGGCGUACAGCAGAUACCGCAGUCCGUCGCCUUACGAGCCGUAUCGGUCCCGCUAG